CACAACCCAUUCGGGGUCCAUUCGCGUCGUUCUCCUCCUGAAUCCAACUCCGCCCAACGCCAGCACCCCUCCGCCGCCGCCGCGCAGCCGGAGACAUGUCGAGGCUCGCGGCCGCUGCCCUCCGCCGCGCCGUGACCGCAUCUGGGGUGCGCUCUCACUCGAUCUCGGCGGCAGCAUAUCCGGCAUCCGCUCGUCUCUUCUCCACUGACGCAAGCGGCGUCGAAGCGGGAUCACAAGACGACUCUUUCCCCAAAGCGUCCAGCGAAGGCUUGGCCUAUUAUGGGAAGUUCUACAGUGCUAUUUCUGGAGGCAGCCGUCUAGGCAAGAACAUGCUGAAAACUGACAUCAUCCAUUACCUGGACAAAUGUGAAUUGUCGCUGGAUGAUGUGAAGAUUGAUUACAACAGGGGAUAUUAUCCCAUGGCUGCGUUGUUGAAGUUUCCUUCCAUUCAAGCAUUUAACGCAGCAUUGAGGCAAAUAAGUCAGGGUCGCCUGUACAGGCUUGAGAGGAUAAAUCGUGAUGAGUGGGAUCACAAGCAGUCUUAUGAUGGAAAAGCUGUACUACUGCAAGGAGUCCCUCGAAACGCUCAACCAGAUGACAUAGAACGCUUCUUGUGUGGCACUAACUUCGAACCUCCUCCAUUUGAAAACUUUAUCAGACCUGGCGACCCAGAGCCCAUAAGAAUGGUGCUGGUUAAGUUCCGCUCGAAGACUGAUGCAACCAAUGCCUUCAUUGCUAAAAACAAGGGUUUCUGUCUGAACAAUGCUGUUACCAUGCGGGUUAUUCAUUAACCCACCAAAUCUUAUCAUAUUUGAAUCACCUUCUUACAAUUGGCCCUGCUAGGAUUUGAAGUCUAUCCAUGCAUGUGGUAGAAAUGUAUGGUUUUACAAGCUCCCUUCGACUGACCGCUUGAUUCAUGCUUUUUCUGCUGGUGCUCAGUUGAACUGUACUGUUUUCAUUCUCAUCUUUCCUGUGUAACCUGGAAGUUAUACUAUUUCCCUUCACAGUAGAAGCAGCUGAACGAAUUCGUCCCAUAAAUGUUAAUACUUGAUAUUUUCUCGCUGGCACUCUGAAA